UUUUUUUUCAGCUGUCAUGUGUCAUCUAUCUUUCCAGCACUAGGCAAAUUCAAUUCACAGAGACCUAGAUUUUUGUAUUGCGGAAGUUAAAACUUGAUUUUUCCCAGAAUUUAUUUAAUUAUCUCUUGGUUUAAAAUCAAAAAUGAAUAACCUAAGUUUUGGUAAUUCUCAAUUAAGUCGCAAUGAGGUCCUGCAAUUGAUCCUACGUGUGUCUCUUGCGUCCGUUGUUACCUUUUAUUCGGUCAAGUGGAUGAUGAACCAAUUGGACCCGACAAGCAAGAACAAAAGGAAGGCCAAAAUACGUGCCGAAGAACAAUUAAAAAGACUCGGUGAAGGAGAUGGCUUCAAGAUUAACACUCAAAUUCUGAGUGACUAUGAAUUGAUGAUUGCAUCACAUUUAGUUGUGCCUGAUGAUAUUCCAGUGAGUUGGAAGGACAUCGCUGGAUUGGAUAGUGUUAUCCAAGAACUGAGGGAGUCAGUGGUUUUGCCUGUGAGGCAUAGAAACUUGUUUAAUCAAUCGAAACUUUGGGAAGCACCAAAGGGAGUUCUUUUGCAUGGGCCACCAGGAUGUGGAAAAACAUUGAUUGCUAAGGCUACAGCUAAGGAAGCUGGUAUGAGAUUCAUUAAUCUAGACGUUGCGAUUCUCACCGACAAAUGGUACGGUGAAUCGCAGAAACUUGCUUCGGCAGUUUUCUCGCUUGCCAUCAAACUGCAGCCAUGCAUCAUAUUCAUCGAUGAGAUCGAUUCAUUCCUUCGCAGUCGCAGUUCUAACGAUCAUGAAGCCACGGCCAUGAUGAAAACUCAAUUCAUGAUGCUCUGGGAUGGUCUUAGUACCCAAGCUGGUUCGACUGUCAUCGUCAUGGGUGCAACAAAUCGUCCACAAGACCUCGAUAAGGCCAUUCUCCGUCGUAUGCCAGCUCAAUUCCAUAUUGGCUUACCCACAGACGCUCAACGUCUAGAAAUUUUAAAACUCAUUCUCAACACAGAAAAUAUUAGCAAUUCUGUGGAUUUCAAUCGAUUAGCCAAGCUCACAAAUGGUUUUUCAGGAUCUGAUCUACGAGAAAUGUGCCGAAACGCAUCGGUCUAUAGAAUGCGACAAUUCAUGCGCACAAAUGAGACUGCUCUCAAUGCUGCUACCACCUCACAAGAAUUACAAGCGUCGACGCCUAAAGAGUUGCUAUCAAUAUCAAUGGAAGACCUAAUGAAGUCAUAUGACAAAUUAAAAGAGUCCAAAAUGCACACCGGAAGUCUCUUUGUCGAUAGUCGCAUAGACCUAGAUUAGUGUUUUACCUUAUUUCAUCGAUAUCAAAGUUCGUCUUAAGAGUGUAAAUCUAAUCAUAAUAUUUUAUUUAUAGAGACAUUGUUAAGGAAGAGUUUAAAUAUUUAUAUCACCACCAAAUUGUACAAUUCUUUGGUAGAAAAUAAGUUAGAUGUACAGUGAUUGUGGUUAAUAUUCAGUUUUAUAUUAAAUAUUUUAUAAAAGUUCAUUGUUUAUUUAUUUUUAAAUUUGUUUAAUAUUUAUUUCUCUUCAAAUUUCACAUAUUUUACUAUACCGAAUAAACUAUUAUCCAAAAAUAUAUUGUUUAAAAAAUAAACAGCUAUAUCACAUCCUUUACUUAUUUUAAAAUCAGUUGAACUAAAAAUUUGAUCUCCACUGGAUUGAAAUGGGUGUAUAUAGACUACAAAUCUUAAUAUUUAGACAAUCGAAGAAUUUUGUAAAAAGUAUUGAAUAGAAAAGGAAUUAUUAAUGGCAAUCACUGUACAUACACUAUGUAUUCAUUUUAUCAGCACAAAGAUGCUUUUGUUAUUGACAUCAUAAGUUGUAGCAAUGCUUAAGCGCGGGACGUCUUGAGCAUGAACCCAGGGAAUUUUUGUUUUCUUUAUUUCUAAGUUGUAAAUGAUUCUUUCUUAAUAAAUAAUUAAGUUCGUUGACGGAAAAUUUUUAGGUUUUUUUUUUUAAUAUUAAUUAUCGAAGAAAUGAACAACAAACAACUUUUAUGUUUAUUGAUUUAAAGUUAUAUAAGCUUUAUAUUUUGUAUUAGACUUUAAAUCAUUGGGGUAAGUUAGAAUUUAAAUUUUUAAUUAAUGUAUUCAAAUUCAGUUGAAUAAAGCUUAAAAACUAUUAA